AUGAAGGCAGGCACUUCGCUGGUUGGUGUCGUGCCCACAAAAAGCCCCAAGCAAAGCACGGGAGCCAAGUCCACUUGCAAUACCGUAUCCGAACAGUGCAAGGUCCAAGGUCGCCCAGUGGAGUCGGCGCUAGGCAUGGAUUUGCCCCCGGCCAGACUGCCCGGGGGCCAGCGCGCUGUAACAGCCCCCGGCUGGUUGAUACAUGCUGCGUACGAUAUUGACUGCAGGAGUUCCCCAACUGGGCCCGCUAAGCUGGGGGCAGCAAACCCCGAGCAGCCAUCGCCAGCCAGCCGCGGAAGCAGGACAGUUAGGCCCGCUGCAGGUAAGGACCGGGGUAGCGCCGGUAGAUUACACGCCUUACCACUCUGGGCCUGCUGGAGCAGGGCGCACGAUGACUGGCUGUUGGUCUCUGUAUGGCGUGCCCUAUUGUGCCUAUCCUGGACUGCGGAUGAUUGUUUGCAUCGUCCAGAGGACGUACGAAAUACGGUAUUCGCGUUACGUUCUGUCAUUUAUGUUCGUUACGUACUAGCCAGCCCCCCUGACUCGCAAACACCGGAUCGUGGGGGGAUGCAAGACUCAUGGAAGUUCGUUUCCCUUUUCCUGUUGCUCUCGUCGAGCUGUUCCCGCCUGUCUGCCGUUGCGUGGCCUGAGGGCUUGCGGGAAGCUUGCUCUGCGGAGGGAAAUUGUCAGUCAAUGCAAAGGGCGAUCAAUCAUGGGCAGAAUGAAGCCCCUCCAUAUGGGAAGAAGGUUGUUGUUUGUUUGAACAAGCACAGAAAUGGUAGAGGCAGAACACGCACAUACAAACAGAAAUAUCGCGCUUUGGACAAACAAUGCUAG